CAACAGCUGGGAGCCGCAACCCCCACGGAAAGGGGCCGUAUUACGUGCUUGCAGGCUGCGGCUACGAAGGUUUGUCACACAGGCAGAAAGCAGAGCGGCUAGAAGUUCUCACGGAUUCACCGUCACGCAGGAGAACAUAAGGAAAAAAGGGGGCUUCAUGAUCCGACUAGUCGUGCGCUGUGCCAAAGACAGGGAAACCUGAACCUGCCCCCAGAGGUUUUGAAAGGUUCCGCCAAAUGGAGAAAACUUUGCGUCUUCUGCAGACUGGCUUAAAAGGCGCUGGCCAAGUGCUGGGCGACCCGACGCUGGAUCUGAACAGUCCAACGGCAGCCAGCGGUGAAAUCACCAAGCAGAUGAGCUUGGCGGAUAAAAUCCCCCUGGUCAAGCCUUACCUGAAAAAGAAACACGCGCCCAGGAAGCUGGAUGCCAAGUGUCUACGUGCACUGGACCCCAUUCUUACCAGUCUAUUUAGCUCUGAAAACCUAGGCGCCUGCGAUGGCGUCUUUGUCUCCAGGAACCAAACCGGCAGCCGGAGGAAUUUGUGUGAGGCUGCGGUGGCCAAGCAGAUCUGCCUAAAAAGAGACGGAGUGCCCGAUUUGAUGGGCGACCACGGUGUUGAACUCGUGGAAGGGGAACAGAAAGCCAGUUCCCUCCAGACGGGUCCCAAAGACAGCUCCUUUCCCCUCCCAGCCAGCGGUCCAGAACAGACGAGCGGAAUGUACCCAUUCGCACCAAUAGAGACGGACAACAGUAAUCACUUGCACACGGGGCUCUUUCAGGAUAAAAGCGAAGAAGCCUCUUUGGAUCUCGUGUUUGAACUUUUAACCCAGCUGCAGUAUCACACUCACCAGGGCGACGGUAUCCCGAUCUGCGUGGAUUUCCUGCAGGGGGGCUGCGCCUUUGGCAGCGACUGUCCCAAACACCACACCGCGCUCCCAUACCACUGGCAGGUGAGGAGGAGCAGCACUCAGGUGUGGCAGAGUGUAGUGGAAGACUCCCAGGAACAGCUGGAACGGCUUUAUUGCAACCCCGACAACGAACAGAUAAGGCUUAAAUAUAAGUGA